AUAAGUCACGAAGCACAACCUGCAACGACAUCUAAAAAAGGAAGAGAUCACUGAGUGUCUUGCUUCCUCUUUUGUACCUAUCGUGCAGAUAGGUUACCGGAGCGUUGCAAAGCUGAGAUAAUUCAUCAUUUCUUUUGACGAUGCAAGAUAUUUUGCUGCGAGUGUUUGUGGUGGCUCUGGGUCUCCUAACAUAUCCAAGGGAGGACCCCAGGGUAGAGAAUGGGGACGAUUUCACCACACUGGGCCUGCAGAAGCAUGAAGAGAGGCUGCUGAGAGAAGAAGAGGAACUGGACCAUGUAAUGGCCCCUGAAGAAAUGAUACAUACUGUCAAUGGAGAUCCUCAUGAUGACUUUCAGCCUGAUCAAUAUGUUACUAAAAACAUAUCUGUCUUAGAAUAUGUGUCUGUCACCACACAAGAAUCAGAGGAAUACUUUACUGAUCACAACUCAGAUGUUACAGAAAGUCAACCACAAAACUCCCAAAGGGAACCUGAAACGGCUCUGCAAACUUCACAAAUUGACCAGGGGCUUAAUGGAAAUGUACAGUUUGACAAGAAAAGUAAAGAAGACACCCAGACUGUACAGUCUGUCUCUUUUAUAGACCCAGGAAACCCACAAGGACAACAGGAAAAGCCUGAAGUGAUUAGUUUGAAUGAACAAGAAUCCCCUCCAUCACACCCUCACACCUCAACAUCAGAAAAUGAAAGUUCGGAGAAGGACAUGGCUGACUGGGAGCGGGAUUACCUCUGGUACUUAUGGAACGCACUCGCUGUAAUUUCCAUGAUCCGCUUCUUUAGGAAAUACCUCGGUAAAGAUUCCCAAAACAAACAAGAAGAAACCAGGGCCUUAACUGUGACCUGCACUGCUGCUGAAGUGCUGCUACCAGACAGCAACACUCUGCAGCGAUUUCAUUCUAAAUGUAUCCAAGUCUCAUCUGAUAAGUGGAAGGAGUUUUUGGAGGGGUUUGCAAAUGAUCUAUUGGAGGCCAUGAGAGCCGUAUGUGAUACAAAUGGUGGUAUGGUGAUUGAAGACUUUCAGAUAGUGGACAUGUACAAUAUCAUUGUCCCUUUUACCCCUCUAGAUCCUUAUAGUUUCCAGUGUCUGCUCAAUCAGGCAAGUGAACAGCCGCCUGAUAUGCAAGCAUGUGGUCAAAUCAAACUAGUGGAAAAUAAGACAAUCCAAAAUGUCUGCCCCUGUCAGUCUCCUAAUUCAGAGGACAUGGUGUGUUUGCUGCAUUGCGAGACUGAGAAAGUAAAGGCGACAAAGACUGAUGGCCUUCUCUGCAUGAAGGACUCCCCCUUUCUGUCAAAAUUGAAGGUUACAAAAUGGUUUCAGAGCACAAUCAAAGAAGCAUGGGAACAGAUUUCUCACAAGUAUGAGUUUGAGCUGAACAUUCGCUACAUCAGUGCUCCAGGUGCUCUGGUUGUUCGAUUUAGAUCAGGGAAGAAGGUUUGCUUCAGAAUGAAUCCCGUGGUUAAAAUAAACACCGAUGCUCAUUUCUUCAUCGAUCCAAACUCCAUGAAUGGCUUUGAAACUUUAUGGACGCUCUCCUUGACCAACUAUGAGGACCACUUCUUGGAACACAUCUCUAAACGCCUGCCUGUAAAUUCAUGCCACAGACAAACUCUUGAAAUUGCGCAUUUCCUCCACAAGAGACAAACAGCAAUAUCAGGAAAUAAUGCCCUCAAGGAUAUCCAUUUUAAAACUGCACUAAUGCAUCUCCUUUUGACUAAAGACCCAUCACAGUGGAAACCCAACUUUAUGACUUGCAGGCUACAAGACUUAUUAGCCUUCAUGGAGAGAAGCCUCAAGAAAAAGCAGCUGCAACACGUUCUUAUUGGGAACCCUUUAAGGCAGAGGAUUAUUGAACUUCCUGCUGAAUUUACUCAUGCAAAGACAGUGAAUCUCUUCCAUCCCCUUGUGGUACACAACUGCAUCUACAUAACUGCUGUGGUUCAUUUUCAGGAAAUACUUAGGAAUGCACACAUGCUGAUAAAUGACUAUGUCAAGUGUAUUGAGGGUACCAAUUGUUCCAUUUAAAUAAAUCAGUUUACUCAAUUGUGAAA